AUGGCUUCCGGAAAUCCGUCGUCCAGCGGAGACAAAACCAAUGGUGCGGGAGAGUCUGCUGCCCAGAAGCUUCUGCAGAUGCACGCCGAGAGUUCGCACCGGCCAACGGUCGAGGACAUUCCUGACGAGGAUGGGCCUAAGCCCACCAACGUUUCUGCCUCGUGGGUCGCUCCUAUGAGCGCAAAGGCCUCCGGCGCGCAAAGGGAGUCCCAGGGUUCGAAAAAGCCUCUCGACACCCAGUCGCACGAGCUCUUCCCAGAGCUUGGUGCCUCGAAGGGUAAAAGUGCCAACGUCGCUCCUAUCUGGGGUGCGAAAAGCCUUGCUGGUGGGAAAUCGAACGGCAAUACCUCGAACGGAAAUACUCCCAACGGCAACUCGAGGUCGUCUACUCCCGCCUCUGGUUUCGCCACGCCCUCCGCUCAAGGAAGCGCUCCCGCCAUGUUCAUCCCUGGUCGCAAUGUCGAGUCAGUCACUCUGGAGCCACAGUUCAUUGUACCCCGCGGCCAGCUGAAGCGCCCAAUCCCGGACAUCUUGAAGGACAUCAAUCGCAAAUCUCGAGCCAACAUCACAAUGGCCACGGCCUCCAAUGGACGUCUUAAAUUCGAUGCCACCGGCCCUCAGGACGUCGCUCAACAGGCACUCAAGGACUUGGUUCAGCAAAUCGGAAUCAAGACCACCAUCAAAGUCCCCAUCCCACACAGCGCAAGAGCCCACAUCAUUGGAAAGGGCGGUUCCGUCAUCAAGAGCCUCCAGGAGAAGACGGGAGCCAGGAUUCAAGUUCCAAAGGUCGAGGAGAGCCGAAUGAUCGACGACGACGAUGACGCCACCAUUGACGUCGUAGUCGACGGCAACGCGUUGUCUGCUGCUUCUGCCCGAAACGAGAUACUGAAGAUUGCGGGCGAACGGUCGUCCAACAUGCAGACAAAGGUUCGCGGCAUCCCGACCGCUUUCUAUCCCUUCAUCGCCGGCCCGAGCAACUCUCUAGUUCAAGAACUUGAGGACGGCAACGGAGUUCAAAUCCGCGUGCCUCCUCAUCAGGCCUUCUUGCGUGUUCCCGCACCCACUUGUCCCGUGCCUGGUCAGCGGCCCGUCUUCCACCCUGCCGGCGCCGAAGACGACCACAUUCAGAUUGCAGGUGACAGGGCCGCAGUGCAAAAGGUUCGGGCCGAGAUUGAGCGUCAAGCGUCCGAGCUCCACAAACAGCUUGAGGCGGAACAGCUUUCCAUUCAGAGGGGCCGUCAUCAGUUCAUUAUCGGCAGCUGCGGUGUCCCGUCUGACGAAUUCUUUGCCGAGACUGGAUGUGCUGUUUUGUUGCCCUCGGAAGAAGACGAUGAUAUGAUCACCGUCAUCGGUCCAGCCGAACGUGUCCAGGCCGGUCUCGAAAAGGCGAUGGAUCUCGCCAUGGGUAUGCAAAUGUCGAACAUUGAUAUCGCGAGAUUCCACCGCACUGCUCCUUCGGGAGCCGCUGCUCACGCCGCCAACGUCACGCGAUAUCUGCGUCAGCGCAAGGAGAUUGAGCGCCUCGAGAAGCUUUAUCACACGCACAUCAACACGCCUUGUUCCCAAGAUGGUGCCUUGCCAUGGGAGCUGUAUUCCCGAGAGGGCAAGAAUGCCAUCCGGGCUCAAUCGGAGAUCACGGGGAUUAUCAACGGCCACCCUCCAUCCAGGAUGCAGACUGUUCCCAUCGAUUCCUUCUUCCAUCAGCAUCUGCGCACUGACAUUACGCCGAAGAUCAAGAAGAACUAUGGCGUUCACGUCAUCGUGCCCGAGGCUUCCGAGCCGGAAGCUCCCGUCUUGUUGGUUUAUGAGGGACCGGAUUCCGCAAAUGGCCCGUACCAGGUUCCCCGUACCAAGCCGUCGGAGUCUGAGAUUCGCGCAUUCAAGCAGGGUCUCGAGGAUGCGCAGAGGCACAUCCUCGAGCUCAUCAACAAGCAGGAGGCGCUCACAAGCAAGUCCCUGGAUGUUCCCUUCAAGUUCCACGAGAGGCUUCGUCGUUUCAUCAAGAAGGAGCAGGAAAGCCGCUCCUCGGACCAGAUCCCCGUCAGGGUGACCAAGGUCGGCACCACCAUUACGCUCCGCGGGCCGAUCUCCGCCGUGCAAUCUCUCGUCGCCAAGGCAGAGGCGUUUGUGGAGCAGGAGAAGCAGGAUGAGAAGGAACGCGGCUUCACGUUGACGUUUGACUUCCCCCAGAAGUAUGCGAACCACCUGAUCGGCAAGGGUGGCAGCAACAUCAAGGAACUCCGUGACCGCUUCGACGUCGAGAUACAGGUUCAGGACGGCAAGGUAGAGCUCAAGGGUCCCAAGGCCAAGGCCGAGUCGGCAAGGUCCUACAUCACGAAUCUUGGCCGAACCCUGGCGGAUGAGACGUCGCACGUGCUCAAGAUCGACCCCAAGUAUCAUAGAGAGCUCAUUGGGGCUCAAGGCAGCCAGAUCAACCGGCUGCAGACACGGUACAAGGUCCUCAUUUUCUUCCCGCGGUCUGCCAAGAACGUCAGCGACGACCAAUCCAACGAAGAUGCGGCUAGCGAGACCGGCAAACCCCGCAGGCAGCAAGCUCCCGACGAGGUCUUCAUUCGCGGUCCCAAAAGGGGAGCUGACGAGGCGCGAGACGAGCUCUUCUCCCUCCACAAGUAUCUCGAAGAGCACUCCGUGACCGCCACGGUGGCGGUGCAGCAAAAGCAAGUCGGCUCCCUCAUUGGCCAGGGGGGCGCAGCUCUGGAUGAGCUGCGACAACUCACGGGAGCCAGGAUCGACGUGCCCCAGGAUCGCGAUACCGAGAUUGUCGAGAUCCUCAUCAAGGGAACCUCGUCUCAGGUGGCCCAAGCGCGGAAAAUUCUGGAGGAGAAACGAGCUGUCUUUGACGACACCGUCACGCAAAGCAUCGACGUUGAUAAGAAGCAUCAUAAGGCCCUCAUCGGCUCGGGUGGCUCGACCCUACGAGAGAUCGUGGUCGGCGCUGGCGGCUCCGAUGACCGCCGGAGCCUGGCGCGGACGAUCCAGUUUCCUAAGCAGGAUGCGGAUGGAAACACGGUCAAGAUUGAAGGUCGGACCGAUGUUGUGCAAAAGAUUGUCAAGCGAAUCCAGGAGAUUGUCACCGAGCGCGAGAGUCAGGUGACGGAGACCAUUGAGGUACCCGUCGACAAUCACCGGUCUCUCAUUGGCCGCGGUGGCGAUGUCAAGCGCCAGAUCGAGGCCCAAUUUUCCGUCACCGUGGACGUUCCCCGACAGGGUGAGGGCAAGACCGGCGUCAAGGUGACGGGUCGGCCCGAGAACGUGGCCAAGGCCAAGGAGCACAUCGCCGGCAUCAUCAAGCAGCAGAAGGGCGAGACAAUCCAGCUGCCGCGCAGUGUCCACCAUGUUGUGUCGAACAACGGUCAGCUCUUCCGCCAGCUUCGGAACAACUACCAGGUGACGGUGGACCACGCAGGUCAGCAGACUCCACGCAAGCCUGAGUCGUCGACGAGGGCAAUCAACGAGACUUUGCCGCUCAUCACGGACGACGACGACGCUGCCGCGGACGCGCAUUCCUGGAAGGUGGUCAAGACGGCGUCUGCCGAAGAGGGUGACAUCCCGUGGGUGUUGAGAGGCACGCCCGAGAAUGUGGCCAAGGCGAAGGAGAUGAUUCAGAAGGCGCUCGAGCAGGCGCAGAACAACGACUCGACCGGGUACCUUGUCCUUCCGGAUCCCAAGACGUACCGCUUUGUCAUUGGUCCCAGCGGCUCCAAGGUCAAUUCGAUUCGACAGCAGAGCGGCUGCCGGAUUCAAGUGCCCCGGGACCAGGCCAGGGAUGAGGCGAUUGAAAUUUUCGGAAGCCAGGAUGGCGUUAACCAGGCCAAGGACCUGAUCCUCGAAGCCAUCAGGGAGGCCCUCAGCAAGCCAAGAGAGUAG